GCUAGAUGUAAAUAUGGGUCACACCACCUCUUAUCGAACGCACAUCUCAAAACUGUCAUUUCAGCUCGGUACUGUACUGUGACUGUGUGUAGACAAUGACAGGACCUGUGAGACUGGACGUACCUCAGCUUCAGUCGAUUUCUACUCGUUGACUUCUGACUACGUGACUUUACGUUCUGCGUCGGCGGGGCCACAGUCAGACAACAAUUACCGGAUCGUGUACCGGACGUUCCUACAUUCGAGAACAUUCUGAAGCCAGAUCACUCCUACACGACGAUCCUUGAGACUAAGCCUGCAGCAUCCGCUUCAUCGGAGAACGACAAGGAUCGCACCCACCCGACAGUCCAUUUGUGCCACUCCCACUUAACAAUACAUACCAUAAAGCUGGAGGUAGAAGUUUACCCAGAGUAUGGACAGUUUGACCAGUUUGACGUCUUCCACUUCUGGACACGACAGCUGCCUGAACAUCGACGGCUAUGGUGACCCCGAACCCGUUGACCCUGAUGACCUGCAGCGCUUCCAGUGCGGCGUCCACCGCGGACUGCUGCGGGAGCCUCUUCAGACACAGUGUGGACACCGCGUGUGCUCCCAGUGUCUGGAGGUGUGGGUGGCUGAGGGCGAGUCCAGAAUGUGUUCUGUGAAUGAAGAGGACUGUUUACCUGUCUCACGCCAGACAGUUUGUCCAGACAACAGCUGUGUUCGCGAGAUGAGGAGAAUGAAGGUGCACUGUGUCAAUAAAGGCUCUGGUUGCCAGCUCCAGUGUAAAUACCAAGAUUUGAAGAAGCACGUGCAGGUCUGUGAGCACGCUACGGUGACGUGCAGGUGGGCGCCACGCGGGUGUCCCCAGCACGUGCUACGUAAGGACCUGGAGGAGCACGCACGCUCUUGUGUGUGGAGACCGGAACGGUGCCAACUGUGUGGGGCAGAGGUCAGCCAUUGUGAGAUGCAGAAUCACGAGGCAGACGUCUGUCCAGAGAAGGUUACCGGGUGUCCGUACAACUGUGGACAUAGGACGCUGAAGAGAAAGGAGGUUUUGGACCACAGAAAUGUCUGUCCAAUUCGUCCAACAAGCUGCAAAUUCCAAGCAAUGGGCUGCACUUAUGUUAACACAAAAGAACUUGUUGAUCAACAUGCGAAAGAUGCAAUCGCCUAUCAUCUUGAACUAGCGACUAGCAGACUGGUAGAAAUUUCCCAGAAGCGAACAGUUAGCGAGACCGAACAUCAGGACUUGCUAUCAAGGUACACAGAGCUGGAGCACAAUGUGCACGAAGCACAGGCACAGCAGCAGAACGUCCAGACCACAGUUCACCAGAUUGAGCAGCAUGGUCGAGAUACCAGGCUGAAGAUGGUGGACCUGAUCGAGAGGCUGAUUGUGCUGGAGCGGAAGCUGGAGGGGCAGAUGGCGACCCGGCGGCAGGUGGAGCAGGUGGAGCGCAGCGUGACGGAGGUCAGUCAGCGCCUGGCACAGCUGGAGGAGCGGCAGCGGGGGGACGGCAGUCUCCAGGGGGAAGUGCAGGGGACGACCGGUCGCUACGGCAGCAUCAGCAACAUGGCCGAGGUUGUGUCGGCGCAGCUGUCCGACCACGACCGGAUGAUCGGCGUGCACGACGUGCGCAUGGCCGAGAUGGACCUGCGCUUCCAGCUGCUGGAGACGGCGUCGUACGACGGCACGCUGGUGUGGAAGAUCCGCGACUACGCGCGCCGCAAGCGGGACGCCGUCAACAGCCGCACCCUGUCUCUCUACAGCCAACCCUUCUACACCAACCGCUUCGGCUACAAGAUGUGCGCUCGCGUCUACCUCAACGGCGACGGCAUGGGCAAGAAGACCCACAUGUCCAUCUUCUUUGUCGUCAUGCGCGGCGAGUACGAUGCGCUUCUCACCUGGCCGUUCAACCUCAAAGUCACCUUAACCUUGCUGGACCAGUCUCCACGGAGACGACACUUGACAGACCAGUUCGUGCCUGACCCGACCUCCUCCAGCUUCCAGCGACCAUCAGGAGAGAUGAAUGUGGCCAGCGGCUGCCCGCUCUUCGUCAGCCAAUCUCUGGUCGAGAACCCGGACAACGGUUACGUCAUGGACGACACAAUCUUCAUCCGCAUCAGCGUCGGUCAGAACACUACCACACUUUCUCCUACUGACUGAGACUGGCUUGUCAGGGCACUAACCGGCACGUGACCAUGCCCGCCGCCCUUCCUUGGGCACCCAACUGCCGCUUCCUGAGUGAACAGUGAUGGGUGUCGGACUUGGCCACGACCGCCAUGGGCAGGCAUCUGCACCUGAUAUGUCGCUGGGGGUUAGAGGUUAGAGGGUGGAAACCCCGACUGCGGGCUGCUUUAGGUCAAGUAUGAUCAACUUUGUGAGGUGAGCUGUGUCAACUACAUUAUCCUGACAGUGAGAGGGCAAACUGCUGUGUCCUGGAAGUCAGCUAUGAUAUCUUAACAGUGAAGCCAGUGGUCAGCUACAACAUCCUGACAGCAACUAGCCAUACUGGUCAUCUUUGAUCAGCUGUAGCAUCCUGACAGCGACUAGCCAUGCUGGUCAUCCUUGAUCAGCUGUAACAUCCUGACAUCAACUAGCCAUACUGGUCAUCCUUGAUCAGCUGUAACAUCCUGACAACGACUGCCCACACUGGUACCUUACUGAAGUCGUCAAAUGGAAGAUAGACGCAAGCGCUUAGAGAACAUGUCUCUGCCUUUUGAUUUUCAGCUUGCUCCGUGAUUAGAUGUGGCUUCUUUCAAAAAAAAGGUGGUAAACAAUGGAAAGAAUAUAAUUAAACAUUAAGAAAACAACAGCAAGAACAGUACUUCAACACAAUUCUCAUUGAAGGUUAUUGUUGAAAGCUUUAAAAAAAGCUGGCAAACUCACGCAAAGACCUCGCACGAAAGUCGCAACUAAAAGCCGCAAGAAAAACACCAAAACAUAAAGUGACAAUUCGACUUUAAAGAAAGUGUUGGCCUAUGUGUGUGCUAUUUUAUUCAAGAGAAAUGUAAGUCACAGACAGUGAUACAGAGCAAACCAGAAGAGUGGGACAUUUUGAAAUUUUGUUAUAGUUCAUUUACAGACAGAAGUUUAAGCCAGUAAGUUUUUAUUUUUGUUUUAAGUUGUGAGUAUGAAAUAGCGUUUGUGCUUUGUGCAGUGUCAAUGAUGAGUUCUUGUGCUGUGUAGGAUCUUCAUUGUAAUAAAAUAAAAACAUCAAACAGUUUUCAUCCUGAUCAUAAAAUAACUUUGUGAUAAACAUCAAAAUCUGUGAUAAACUGGAUUUUACGACGAAUAAAAAUGAGUAAUAUGUGUU